CCGCCAGCCGGGAGGAGGAAGGGACGGACCGCCGGCCGCUCCCCGGGACCGCCCGCCUGUGCCCGGUCAUACUCGGUCCUCUCUGAGCAUCUGAGCGAUCUGCCUGGGGAUCCAGUCCACGAGGGAAGCCGAACUGCGAAAGGGAGGGGAAGUUGAAGACAACCGGCUGAACCGCUCAACCACCGGCUCCAGCUGCCCGCCAGCGACCGGCCAGCCCUGGAUCUUCCUUCUCCUGCUGCCGUUAAAGAGAAAUCGGACUCAGCUGGGGAAAAAAGGAAACCCCCACCACCACCAACAACCCCAGGAGCUUCUCAUCAUCGUCCCGGCGAAGGAGGAAGGGAUGCUCGGAUGCCGUUUCUGUCCCUCCUCCUUCGUCCCCGUCCCCUCGGUUUAGGAGACUUUCCCCGGGAAGAGCUGAGCUCCUGUUUUCAUCCCCGUGGAAAGCCCUCCCCUUGGGAAAAGCGCCUCUUUCCUGGCCGGGACGACGCCCCCAGAGUUGAAAGAAGAUGCACUUUCUGUUGGAUGCUGUCGCCGUGCUGAAUGCGUAAGGACGGGCCGAGAAAUGUCCCAGAUGCUGCACAUCGAGAUCCCCAAUUUCGGGAACACCGUGCUGGGCUCCCUGAACGAGCAGCGGCUGCUGGGCCUCUACUGCGAUGUCUCCAUCGUGGUCAAGGGCCAGGCCUUCAAGGCCCACCGGGCGGUGCUGGCCGCCAGCAGCCUCUACUUCCGGGACCUCUUUAGCGGGAACAGCAAAAGCGCCUUCGAGCUGCCCAGCUCGGUGCCGGCCACGUGCUUCCAGCAGAUCCUCUCCUUUUGCUACACGGGGAAGCUGACCAUGGCGGCCAGCGAGCAGCUGGUGGUGAUGUACACGGCGGGCUUCCUGCAGAUCCAGCACAUUGUGGAGAAAGGGACGGAUUUGAUGUUCAAAGUCAGCUCCCCGCACUGUGACUCUCAAACGGCCAUGACCGAAGAGGCUGGCGGCUCGGAGCCCCAGAGCCCCUGCAACCCCGUGCAGAUGCCCUCCAUGCCUUACGUCAUGUCCCCUUCGCUGCCCAUCCCGCUCCUCACCCGGGUCAAGCACGAGAACCUGGAGCAGCAGGCGCCGCUGCCGGCCAAGCGGGCCUUGGAGGGGGGCCUGCGCGACGCGGCGGCGGGAGGCUCCUCCAGCACCACGGCGGUGAAGCUGUCCCGCGUCUCCUACUACGGGGUGCCCAGCCUCGGCCCGCUCAUCUCCAGCAUCCCGCAGGCGCCGUACGCCCAGGGGGAGCGGACGAGUCCCGGGGCCAGUAGCAUCCCAACCACGGACAGCCCCACGUCCUAUCACAACGAAGAGGAUGAGGAAGAUGACGAAGCCUACGACACCAUGGCGGAAGAGCAAUACGGGCAGAUGUACAUCAAGUCCACGGGGGGCUACGCAGGGCCUCCAGAGAAGACGGAGCAAAUCCCCGUGGAGAGCCGCUCCUGCGUCCUCAUCCGGCGCGAUCUGGUAGCUCUUCCGGCCAGCCUGAUCAGCCAGAUUGGUUACCGCUGCCACCCGAAGCUCUACUCGGAAGGCGAUCCUGGAGAAAAACUUGAAUUGGUUGCAGGUUCUGGGGUUUACAUCACCCGAGGACAGCUCAUGAAUUGUCACCUCUGUGCAGGUGUGAAACACAAAGUCCUCCUGCGACGCCUCCUGGCCACCUUCUUCGACAGGAACACUUUGGCCAACAGCUGUGGAACUGGAAUUCGCUCUUCCACCAGUGACCCCAGCCGGAAACCGCUGGAGAGCCGAGUGCUCAAUGCUGUGAAAUUGUAUUGUCAGAAUUUUGCCCCCAGUUUCAAGGAGAGCGAGAUGAACGUCAUCGCGGCCGACAUGUGCACGAACGCCCGCCGGGUGCGGAAGCGGUGGCUGCCCAAGAUUAAGUCCAUGCUGCCCGAGGGGAUGGAGAUGUACCGCUCCGUCAUGGGUUCCACCACCGCCAACGUCCUCCUGGACCCCGAAUUCCAGCCGUCCAGCGCGCAGAUGUUUGAGCAGCGGAUCUAUGCAGAGAGGAGAGGGGAUUCCGGGACGAUUGUGGCCCUCAGAACUAACACCGUCACGGUCGACCGGAGCAACGGGACCGGCCCUUUGUUUGAGCCGAGCGAGGAGGGCGAAGGGGCCGGCUCGGUCAUCCAGGAGUCGGCUGGCCCAGAAGCCAUGGCUUCCGAUACCCAAAGCACCUCACAGCCCUUCGAGGAAGGAUCGGGGUCCCCCGGGCGGCCGGAAACUCCCGCGGGGCGGCCGGAGGUGGCCUACGGGGCCCCCUUAUGAACUAGACCGCCGAGGGUGGAGUCUACCGCCCUCUGGAAGGAUCUGUAACCCUAAAGCUGCUUGCAUGUUCUUAUUAAUUACCAGAAGCAAAACGAAACCAACCCCAUUACGAUCAAACCGUUUCCCUACUGAACUGCUACCGUUGCCUGAGAAAAUCCGAUUGUUUCUUUUUUGAGUCUGCUCGCGCUUAGGAUCGAAGAAGGGCGUCGCCCGGUGGGAAGAGCCCCUGCAUCCCCAGAUUGGUACAGAAAGGAGUAGUGGGGGGGUUCCUUCCCCCACCCCUAAACAAACAAGGAAGGAAAUUGUGUUCACCCCACCUGUUUAGCAGCCAAGAACCGGCCUCCAGGGCGUCUUGGGAGAAGUUAGCUGUGAUCGUUACCCUGCUUUCGAUUCAGUCGGACGCAGGUCUCCUGUGCUCGGGUCUUUGGGGUUCAACCUUUGCGUGGUUGAGCAAGAGGGAGAAACCGCCCUAACAACUGCUGUAGUAAAUGCGGAGCGCCGUUCCCUACACCCCUCCAGGCACAAAAAAGUUGGGAUACCUUUCCUUUCCGCCAUUUCCCACACCAACUCGGUCGUUCACCCGUUCUGCCCUUCUCCCGCGUUUCCUCCUUGCGUUUUCCUCCCUGUUUCCCUCUGGGGGGGGGGCAGGACGAGAGACCCAGUUGGUCUCCUGGCAUGCUUGCAGGGGACCUGGCUCCAGGUCCUUUGCGUUGGCGAGGAAGCUCUGGGCAAAAGGCAUUCCGAGUCUAAGGUCGUUGGCGAUAUCUAGGUUUCCCGGCGUCAUCACGGACCUCCUGCGCUUGCUACCGAACCGGUAGCGGAAAUAAGAGGAUUUCAUGCCGGGUUUCAUAACCCAGUGCGGUUUCGAACGGCGGACUUCAACUCCCAGGAUUCCCCAGCCAGCGCGGAAUUCUGGGAGUUGACGUCCGUCCGUCUUAAAGCGACCACCGAGAUGGCGAAAACGCUUGGUUUAAUUGAAACGACGGCCUGUCUGAACUGGUCCUGCUUCGUUGCUCAGGGCAAAAUGGAGAUUUGUGGGGGGGUUGGGGGGGGGUUGGGAACCAUAGGCUUCUUGGCUCUUUCUCCCGGGAAUGGGGGAGCUGCUUAUAGCGAAAUGCAUGUCGUUUGGCCACGGAGGUUAUUGUAGCUCGCAUGGACUUCCCCACCCCCCAUUGUGUUUGGAUCUAACCUUAUGAGAGAAAGGAAGAAUUGCUGGCUUUGCGUCGGGGAUUAUGCGCCUUCGAUGGGUAGCCGGCUUCCGAUUCCCCCCCCCUCCUCCUCCCCCAAUCCAUUCGGUCACUCUCCCAAACUACGACGGGAAGCACUAACCCUGUUGUGGCGACUGAGGUUUGCUUUGACAAAGACCGAGGUCGUGAUAGGCAGCACAGCCUCCCAUCGAUGGCGGCUUUGCCUUGUGUCGAGCUUCAGGCAGAUGAAAUCUCUUGGGGAUUUCAAGGACUUUUCGAUUUGUUUUCCUAGCAGCAAUAAGAAACUAGAAAUUAAUUUUAAAAGAAAAACACAUACUGCCCCAGCCCGGCUUACAACGAUGAGAUCUCCUCGUGGUCUCCUUCCCCUUCCCAUAACCAAACCCACCUGCGCUUAGCUUCUUUUUGCAGCCAGCCAUGGGGCUGAUGAUCCAUUUCCCCCCCCUGCCUCCCCCCCCCUCCCCAGUAGCUGUCCUAGCCCCCCACCCCUGGUCAAAGUCGCAGGACGGAAGCAAAAUACUUGAACGGCUCAGAGCAGGAUCCGAAGACAGCAUCGCGUUGCACAGUUCGAAUAUAUUUUUGUACCAAGCACAAUUUUAUGUACGUCUUUCUUUUUUGGGGGAGGUGGGGAGGGGCUGAGUGGUUGGGGGGCGGGGGAGAGUCAGGCUCGGAUUUUCUCGGUGGCUUUUGACUUUGGAGACGAGAAGGAAAGCGUGAAAAACCCGAAGACAAUGUGAAGAGUUUUAAGGCAGGGUCUUCCGAAGGGGGGAGCCCAGCCACUUGCACUAAAUGACCCCCCGAAAUGUGGGGCGGGGGUCCCUGGUGGCCCCCAUCGGGGGCUUUUCUCCUUCCCAGCCAGAAAGGAAAACGGUGACACCCCCCCUCCAACCCCCCCCCAAAACUCUUGGCCAUGAAGGACCACAAGAGAAAGGGGGAAAUUAAUUGCAACCUGGUUUUCUUUCUCAGUGCCUUAUCCUAUUCCUUCCCAUGGAGAGAGAAAAAAUAAAGAAAGAUUUGAUUUCAAUAGCCUAUCAAAUCCCUUUCUCCAUUUCCUCCCCCCUCCCCUCAUUCAUUGACCACGCCCUUCCCCAACCUGGAGCUCCCGUCUUGGGUUGGAUUCCGACCCCCAUGCUUCCCAGCCAGGCGACUCCGGGAAGGGCCUCGGCGCCCGGACGUCGCUCUCGGACUGUAACGAGGCAUCCUGCGUGACGGUGGGGACGGAAACACCCCCCCCCCCUUGUAGAUUUAACCUAGGAAAAGAGAAAAUACGUAUUUAUGGUAUGUCUGCACCUUUAUUCUGAAUGCUCGACUGUUAGCAAUAUUACCUGUGUAUAUUAUAUUAUAUAUAUAUAUAUAAAUAUUAUAUAUGUAUAUGAAAAGUUAUAUCAAGCACCUUUUUAAAGAAGAGAAGACUGUAAAAAGAAAACUCGGAUGGACUGUAGCGAUGGCCACGAUUGGGAAUCCUGGUAGGAUUUCGUCCCAUUUUUCUGGGAUUUUGCGGGUCUCCCGUUGCCCUUCCCCCCCCCCCCCAAUACGUGGUCUUCACUUCCCUGGGGGUGGACUGGGGGAGGGCUGCCCUCCAAAGCCCCCCUUUGGAGUUUGCCACAAAACCUUUGACAAAUUGAAACGUAAGGUUCCAGAAAUCCAAUUUCAUUCCAAAGUCGGUAUUAAGCCAUAUUCUGGACAUUGAGGAUCAUUGGUGUCUGUUUUUUUCUUUUUGGUUUAACUUCCUCCGUGGGAAACGCUUUAAAUUCUAUUCUGAAAUUGCUGUAGAAACAAUUCUGGAUGUUUAAAAAAAUCAUAUCACGCAGCUAAAGCCUUCCUUCCUUCCUUCCUUCCUUCCUUCCUU